AUGUUGCACUAUCCAGUGCAUGACGGCAAGCGCCAGGCGCGUGGAAGGCGAGAUGCGAGGCGUACAGGUGCGAUCCAGGUUCGAAGGCCGCUUGUAUGCGCGCUCCUAGCCUGGACGAUCUGUGCCUGCGUGGCGCAGGACCCGGAUGCCGAGAACGAGGAGGAUAGCUUGGACUUCAGCAUCGCGGGGGAGGGCACUGUCACCAGCACCGAAGAGGUGGUCAGUGGGGUGCUCCUCAUCUACGGAGAGAUGGACACCGAGAUGCUGACGACUGGUGAUAUGGACAUCGUGGUCAAAGAGACUCUGGGCAAGGUCUGCAAGAACUUUGAGCGUGUCACCGGGGCUCCGACGCUCACCAAGAUGUUCGUGGAUGUGCGCACUGUGGGGCAGCGCCGAUUAGGCCGGCUUCUUGCGGGCUGA